ACCAUGAUAAUAUAAUAAAAUGUUAAAUAUUCAAUUGUUAACAAUUCAAUGUUAAGUAUCAGGUAAAUGUUAAGUACCUGAACAGGUAACACUGAGUCUAUGAAUAUUUUCAGUCAGUCCUUCAUUUAUAAGCACUUGUGAUUCUGUGGUUUAGAGUUUCAUCCUGCAUAAGGUUCAUUUAUGAGACAACAUCCACCAGGACUACAUCUGAUCAAAGUGAGUGUGAUAAUAGGUGUUGACGUAACACAUGCUUUGCUUUGUGUGAGAUAACUAUAUUAGGAUCAGCCUGGGGUACAAAAAGCAAUGCAGUUUAGAAAUAGGCAAUAUUUUGAUUACAGAUUAGAAAGAUAGCAAUGUUUUCAGCAAUAUAGUGCAAGUGUUUUGAAGUUUAGUAAAAUCUCAUUCUAGAAAGUCAGCGAUUGACUAAGAAAAAUUUUACUUAAGAAAUAUGAGCUAUUGAAACAAUGGUCUUAUUAUUUUAAGAACAUUGAGAAGCAAUAUACCAAGAUAAUAGGGUACAAUGUUUAAGAGCCAGACUGUGGAACUGGGCUGCCUGGGCUGCCUGUUACUACUAGAAAUUGACUAUGCUGAUCUCGGUCAUUUCACUUGCUGCUGUGGUCUGAAUGUUUGUGUCCUGGCAAAAUUCUUAUGUUGAUACUUAAUCCUCAAUGCAAUAGUAAUAAAAGGUACCCACCUUUUAUUACAUGACCCUUUAGGGGUCAUGAGGGUGGAACUCUUACGAAAGGGAUUAGUGUCCUUGUAAAAGAGGCUUGAGGGAGCUUUUUUGCCCCUUCCAUCAUGUGAAGACACAUAGAAGUCACCAUCUAUGAGAAACAGGCCCUCAUCAGACACUGAAUCUACUGGUGCCUUGAUCUUAAACCUCCCAGCCUCUUGAACUAUGAGUGAUAAACUUAUGUUGUUUAUAAAUUACUCAGUCUAAGGUAUUCUUUAGAGCAGCCUCAAUGGACUAAGACACUUACUUUUACUAGUGCCUCAAUUUCCUCCAUCAUGUGAAAGGGGAUAGUGCCAACUUCAGUAACUUGCUGAAGGUAAUAAAUAACUUUGUUAGCACGAGGCACUUAGAAUUGUGUCUGACUCAUUACAACCCAUAUGUAAAUGCCAGGUAUUAUCAUGAGGGUCAAGACACAAAAUUUCUCUGGCAUUGAGAGGAUCAGCUAUGAUUGAUUUAGCCCUUCCAGGACAAAGAUAAUGGUUAAACAUUGUGGCACUAUUCUACUUCCUUUUUUGCUAAUUAUACAAAACCUAUUCUGAAAGGCACAUUUCAUCGCCUGCUCAGAGGCUCCAGUUGGCGGCCAAGAGUACAUCUCCUUUCAAAUAGCUGGAUUAGGUCCUCAUGCUGCUGUGGUCAUUGCUGGUCAUCUUUGCUGCAGUCACUGAACAGGCAGAUUCGUUGACCCUUGUGGCGCCCUCUUCUGUCUUCGAAGGAGACAGCAUAGUUCUGAAAUGCCAGGGAGAACAGAACUGGAAAAUUCGGAAGAUGACUUACCACAAGGAUAACAAAGAGUUAUCUGUUUUCGAAAAAGUCUCAGAUUUCCUUAUCCAAAGUGCAGUUUUAAGUGACAGUGGUAACUAUUUCUGUAGUACCAAAGGAAACAUCUUUUUGCGGGAUAAACGUUCAGAUAUAGUAAAGAUAAAAGUCCAAGAGCUCUUUCAACACCCUGUGCUGACAGCCAGCUCCUUCCAGCCCAUCGAAGGGGGUCCAGUGAGCCUGAAAUGUGAGACCCAGCUCUCUCCACAGAGGUUGGAUGUUCAACUCCAGUUCUGCUUCUUCAGAGAAAAUCAGGUCCUGGGGUCAAGAUGGAGCAGCUCCCCGGAGCUCCAGAUUCCUGCCAUGUGGAGUGAAGACACAGGGUCUUACUGGUGUGAGGCAGAAACGGUGACUCACAGGAUCAGAAAACAGAGCCUCCGAUCCCAGAUUCAUGUGCAAAGAAUCCCCAUCUCUAACGUAAGCUUGGAGACCCGGGCCCCCGGGGGACAGGUGACUGAAGGACAAAAACUGAUCUUGCUCUGCUCAGUGACUGCGGGUACAGGAAACGUCACAUUCUCCUGGUACAGAGAGGCCACAGGAACCAGUCUGGGAAUGAAAACCCAGCAUUCCUUGUCAGCAGAGCUGGAGAUCCCAGCUGUGAAGGAGAGUGAUGCCGGCAAAUAUUACUGUAGAGCUGACAACGGCCAUGAGUCUAUCCAGAGCAAAGUGGUGAAUAUCCCUGUGAGAAUUCCAGUGUCUCGCCCCGUCCUCACCCUCAGGUCUCCUGGGGCCCAGACUGCAGUGGGAGACCUGCUGGAGCUUCACUGUGAGGCCCUGAGAGGCUCUCCCCCAAUCCUGUACCGAUUUUAUCAUGAGGAUGUCACCCUGGGGAACAGCGCAGCCCCCUCUGGAAGGGGGGCCUCCUUCAACCUCUCUCUGACUGCAGAACAUUCUGGAAACUACUCCUGUGAGGCUGACAAUGGCCUGGGGGCCCACCACAGUGAGGCAGUGCCAGUCUCCAUCUCAGGACCUGAUGGCCAUAGAAGAGACCUCAUGACAGCUGGAAUUCUCUGGGGACUGUUUGGUGUCCUUGUUUUCAUUGGUGUUGCUUUGCUGUUGUAUUCUUUGUUCCAGAAGAUAUCAGGAGAAAGUUCUGCCACUAAUGAACCUAGAGGUGAUUGCAGGCUGAAUCCUCAGGAGUUCACCUAUUCAAGCCCAAUCCCAAAAACGGAGGAGCUGCAGCCAGUGUAUGUCAAUGUGGGCUCUGUAGAUAUGGAUGUGGUUUAUUCUCAGGUCUGGAGCAUCCAGCAGCCAGAAAGCUCAGCAAACAUCAGGACACUUCUGGAGAACAAGGACUCCCAAGUCAUCUACUCUUCUGUGAAGAAAUCAUAACACUUGGAGGAAUCAGAAGGGAAGAUCAACAACAAGGAUGGGGCAUCAUUAAGACUUGCCAUAAAACCUUAUGUAAAUGCUCGAGGCUUAUCACCUGCCACAGCCACAACAUGCUUCAGGAGCCACCUCCUGUCAUCAUUUUUGUUCUGAUAUGUUCCUUCUCCAAUAUCUUCUUUUACUCAUUAAUAUUCAUUGAACUGUUACUACAUUCAGACACUGUGCAAAUAAAUUAUUUCUGCUACCUUCUCUUAAGCAA